CGCGAAUCCGAGGACGCGGUCCCCUCCUUCUUGUAUUCGCGAGGUGCUUAUCCUCGUCCUGCUAUUAUUUUGGGUUGUAUGCGCGCACUGCCACCAUGCCUCUAGGCUUCGAGCGCAUCAACGAGCGCACCCAGCGACCGAAUACCCUAAUCAACUUCAUACGCACAAUUCAUGGCCCAUCUUCUACGACCGCCGAACAGAUCCUCAACCGAGUUGCGGCAGUAUGCUACCCGUUCAUGAAAGCCAACAUGAUCCUCGUCCAAGCACUCGAAGAGUUCCCUUACAAUACCGAGUUCGUUGGCCGUAACUUCAAUGCUGGUGAGGUCAUACAGCUUGUGCUGCGCGAUAGGAAUGGUCGGUGGCUGCCUCAGCGCAUGGUGGAAAUGGUUAUGGUGCACGAACUGGCUCAUUGCAAGCAAAUGAAUCACUCCAAGGCGUUCUGGAAGGUCAGAGAUGCUUAUGCAGUCGACUUGCGGGCUCUGUGGGCGAAGGGCUACACUGGAGAGGGCAUGUGGGGUCGAGGCAGAGGUUUGGAGACAAUGAACAUACAAACAAGCCAGGUUGAUGUUGGCGAUGUGCCCGAACAUCUGUGCGAUGGCACAUAUGGGCGCAGGUCGAAGAAGAGGAGGAGAGGUGGGAAGGAGAAAGAGACACUCUCCUACGCGGAGAGGAAGCAACGACGUAUAUUGAAGAAGUUCGGUGCUGGUGGUCAGUCACUGGGCGCGGACGAUGAUACCAAAGUCAAGCUUCAAGGUGGUGUACCAAAGAAAGGCAAGCCGAGAGUAGCGGGCAGCGCGCGAGGUCGAGAACUCAGAGCCGCGGCUGCAUUGGCGCGGUUCGAGCCUGUGAAGAAGGAGCAAGAAGAAGUUACUAUCAAGAAAGAGGAGACAUCGGACAGCGAGACUGAGGACGAAUACGAAAAUGUCGAUCAGGCUGAUGCGGCGCUCGAUGUAGACGGGUCGAAGCUGGUAGACGAUAAGGGCCGCGCCUUGAUCAAGAUCUGCGAAGACGAAGACGACAAAGAUGGUAAUGCACGGCGGGAGAUGGAUGAGAUACAGGGCAUUGCACUGCAAUCGAAGCCUUUUCUUGAUAAGUCUGCUUCCACACCUCUCUUACGCUCUGAUACAGCGAGGCAAAGCUCUAAACCCAGCAAGCCACUGCCAAAGACCACCAGCUCUUCAUCGGCACAGGUCAUCCAUCUCGAUGAAAUCUGGAAGCGACGUCCUGAGGCAUCAGCAAGUCCUGCUACAGCAAAGCCCACAACCAGACCGGCAGCGGUGCGGGUGUCGUGCAAUGUCUGCUCGCUUUCAAAUGAGCCCAGAUCAUUGACCUGCGCUGUUUGCUCCAACGUCCUCAGUCCAUACCUUGUGUCUGAUCAUUGGAGAUGCACCAGGGAACCCUGCAAGCAGAGCAUCUACAUCAACGCAGGCGAUGCUGGAGCGUGUGGUGUGUGUGCUAAACCGAGGCUGGCACAAUGAUCGAAGUAAGGAUGAGAUGGCUUACGACUUGAACGAUAUGAUACCCCAUAACAGUACAGUAGAAAUAAAACAAUGAAAACUGCG